CACCAGUCCUCUCUCUUCAGUCCUCCCCCUCCCCCUCCGCUCCCCGCGAGAUCGCACGCGCGCAAAUGUCGGGUCGCUUCGUCAGAGCUUCUAAGUACCGUCACGUCUUCGGGCGUUCGACCAAGAAGGAACAAUGCUACGAUAACUUGCGCAUUUCCAAGAAUGCCUGGGAUUCCAACAUUAUCAAGGCCAACCCUCAAUAUCUGUCCGUUAACUGGGAAGCCGGUGGUGGCGGUGCCUUCGCUGUCAUUCCCCUCAAUGAGCGCGGCAAGCUCCCCGAGAUCAUCCCGCUGUUCCGGGGGCACACAGCGGCUGUCUUGGACACUGAUUGGAACCCUUUCCACGACGAUGUGAUCGUUUCUGGUUCCGACGAUGGCAAGGUCUUCGUCUGGAAGGUGCCCGAGAACUUCUCGCUGUACAGCGACGCUGAGGAGCCUCCUGAUGUUUCUCCCGUCGCCAAGCUGACGGGACACACGAGGAAAGUCGGUCACGUCCUCUUCAGUCCUGCCGCCGAGAACGUUCUCGCCUCGUCGUCUGGUGACUACACUAUCAAGCUCUGGGAUGUUGAAGCUGGUACUCCCAAGUUGACGCUUAAGCACCCCGACAUUGUUCAGUCGCUGUCCUUCAGCGCCAACGGCUCUCAACUCGUUACCACCAGCCGCGACAAGAAGCUCCGCAUUUGGGAUGUGCGCCAGGAGAAGCCUGUGCACGAGGGCGCUGCCCACCACGGCGCGAAGAGCCAGCGUGCCGUCUGGAUGGGUGAGAACGACAGGAUUGCGACAACCGGUUUCUCUAAGAUGAGUGACCGCCAGCUGGGUCUCUGGGACUUAAGGGCUGCAAGGGAGCCGCUGAACGGCUUUGAGAUUCUCGACUCGAUAUCGGGUAUCUGCAUGCCGUUCUGGGAUGAUGGCACGCAGUGCUUGUACCUUGCCGGCAAGGGUGAUGGCAACAUCCGUUACUUCGAGUACGAGAACGACAAGUUUGAGUUCUUGUCCGAAUACAAGUCCACCGACCCGCAGCGUGGCGUCGCGCUUAUGCCCAAGCGCGGCAUCAACCUCCACGAGAACGAAGUCGUCCGUGCCUACAAGACGGUUGGCGACACCUGUAUCGAGCCUAUUCCCUUCAUUGUGCCUCGUCGGGCCGAGGUCUUCCAAGGCGACAUCUACCCGCCUACGACCGGUCUCAAGGCUGCCGUGACGGCCACUGAAUUCUUCGAAGGCAAGGACGGUCUGCCUCCGAAGAUCUCUCUUGAGAGCCUGUACGAGGGCAAAGAGCCCGUCGAGGUUGCCGCCGACGCUGUUCCCAAGCCAGCGGCCGCAGCACCCGCCCCUGCGCCUGUGCCUAAGCCUGCGGCGGCGGAGCCCGCUCCCCCGGCAGCCCGCAGCUCCCCGCCCUCGGUGAACGACAACAAGGCCUCGAUGGCUAGCAUGGCGGACAAGUUUGUGGACAAGGAUGAGCCUGAGCGCGAGGAGGAAGCUCCUUUUGAGGACAUCCCUAAGCCUGUCGAGCGCCCCUCGGUCACCGCCCGCAUGGAGGAGAAGACGCGGGGCCCCGAGAUCAGCACGGAACCUGAGCCGGCUGUUGUCGCGGAGCGCGCCGCCAAGGCUGCCGAGUCCGAGACGCCCUCUCCGUCCGUGGGCGCUGCGGCGUCGGCGGCAAGUGGUAUCAGGGACACUUUGACCGACAUCAAGCAAAUGCUGGAACGCCAGAACGAGACCAUUACCAACCAGACGUCGCAGAUCGCUCAUCUGACGGCCGAGCUCGACUCUCUCAAGGGUGAGGACGAGAAGAUAAGGAUGCUGGAGCUGGAGCUGGAGGAGGCGAGGUCUUAG